AACAGGUACUUCUCGUCAGGCCAAGCUCAGUCACCAACUGAUGUUGAUUUGGACUAAAACGUUAUGCACUGACAGCGGAAGACCUCAUAAGAGCUCCUGGGAGACUUCUAGAGGCCUCCACAUCCGGGAUCUUGAGAAGAUCAUACCAUUUCAGAUCAUCAAAUCAGUCUCCCAUGAAUAGAUAAUGGCAUUUUAUCCCCUGCAAAUUGCUGGGCUUAUCCUUGGACUUCUGGGCUUGGUAGGGACUCUUGCCACAACCCUUCUACCUCAAUGGAGAGUCUCGGCUUUUGUUGGCAGCAACAUUAUUGUCUUUGAAAGGAUCUGGGAAGGGCUCUGGAUGAACUGCAUUCGACAAGCCAAAGUCAGAUUGCAAUGCAAGUUCUACAGUUCUUUGUUGGCUCUCCCACCAGUCCUAGAAGCAGCCCGGGCCCUCAUGUGCGUGGCUGUAGCCCUCUCCUUGAUCGCUCUGCUUAUUGGCAUCUGUGGCAUGAAGAAGGUUCAGUGCACAGGCUCUAAUGAGAGGGCCAAAGUGUACCUCCUAGGAACUUCUGGCAUCCUCUUCAUUUUGACGGGCAUCUUUGUUCUGAUUCCAGUAUGUUGGACAGCUAAUAUUAUUAUCAGGGAUUUCUACAAUCCAGCUAUCCAUGUUGGGCAGAAACGAGAGCUCGGAGCAGCACUUUUCCUGGGCUGGGCCACCUCUGCUGACCUUUUCAUCGCUGGGGGUCUGCUCUGUGCAUUUUGCUGUUGUAAUCGCAAGAAGCAAAGGCUCAGCUAUCCAGCCCCAGGACACCAUGUGCCACACUUAAAUAAGCCAAGGAACAUGACGAGGCUGAGUAAGACCUUCACCAGUUAUGUAUAACUCUUGCUCUGAGCUCACACUUUGGAUUCUGGUUCAAAUGGUCCCUAAAAUCCUGCCAGAAAUGUAAGUACAUCAGGCAGGAGGACUUGCUUUCUGACAACAUUUGAAUGGAGAUAAAAAUGUAUAAAAGAGACAAACAAAUUUAAGUUGGUCAUCUGUUUUAGGAAUGGAAAUAUGUACUAGGAAAUCUGUAAAUGUGCUUACAGUUGUAGAAAUUAAGCAAUUAUAAAUUCCAAUAUGUGUUUUAUUUUCAUAUGUGAAAUCUAAAUCAAAUAACAUAUUCUAAUAGCUAAUAUAAAUUAUGACUUCCAAUAAUAUAUUACAGUGACAGCCAAAAUAUUGAAUUUUUCUUCAAUAAAAUGAAAAAUAAAAUAUAGCAAAUAAAGAUUUUUUUGUUUGUUUUUGGAAAUGGAGUCACACAUAAGUGAUUUUACUGCCCCAUGCAAUUUUCCUUCAUAUAUAUGUGAGAGAGAGAGAGAUACACCAUGGGAGCUAGGCUUCUUUGAGAGCCAUAGCACUUGCUAUAUGGCAUGAGCUUUAGAUCUGGGUCACAUAUAUGACCAUCCUGGUGAUCUAUCUUUCCAGCUGUCCAUUAAAGAUUCUUAACUGUAUGUAUCAAAAUGUUGAUUUUUUCCAGCCAAUAAAAACUUUUGUUAUUUCUCUAGAAAAUAUAAAUGCACAAGAAAUGAAACUCAGAUUCCAGUUUAGAAUACUUAAGAAAAUGGACCCUUUUUGUUAUUUUUAUUAUUGUUGCUAACAGACUUCAUUUCCUACAGCACUUUUUUUCUGAUAGAAAGACAAAAAGACAGAGAAAGAGAGAGAGG